UGUCAAAGCUAUUGGCGGACAACGUAUAAGAGUUUCUGAUGAAUCCAGAUCGCGCACUAUAGAAAGCACAUCAGUCUAUGAUUCUGUUAAUAAUAAUGAUCUCAAAAACUAUGAUUUGAAAACACACGAAAUAUCACCUUCAGUAUCGUUACCGGAUAUUAAAACCGAGAGCAAAAAGUCGUCUCUGAGUAAAAGUUCAAGUAAGAAAAUUUUAAAUAUAUCCAGUUCAAAUCGUACAAAACAAAAAAGCGUUUCUCCGAAAAGACCACCGAGACGAUUAAGAAAUAUAAAUAAAAUCGACGAUGACAGUGAAAGUGACAAUCAACGCUUACCAGAAAGAGGUUUCAGAAAGAAUGUUGAUUUCUCGCGUAAUUCUAAAAGCAAGAAUCACAAUACCGAUACUAUUAAAUCUAUAUUGAAAAACCUAGAAAUUAUGAUUUAAAUGAUUCAUCAACGAGAGUAGAAACAUCUGACGAUUCUUUCGAUAACAAACGUGCAAAUUCUUCUUUAUUUUAUUUACCUAAACCUAAAGAUAAAGGGUCGAUCUCAUCUCACAAUAUAUUACAAAGAAAACGUGUACAAUUCUUGGUGGAAAAUGAAGAAACUAAAGUGAUAUACACAGCAGAGUUAAAUCUUGAACAAAAUAUAGUAACAGAAAUACCAGAACCACUACCAAUUCAAAAUGAAACUGAAGAAGACAUUAUAGCCGAAGGUGAUAUAGUUAGCCAUAGUUUGCAUUCAACUACGAUUGAAGAAAUAGUUGAACCAGAAGAAAAAGAUACUUAUAAAGAUCCCCAAAUUUAUGAAGAUGUGCAGGUCAGUGUGCCGAGCUUUGAAGUAGUCUGUGAAGAAAAUCAAAUACAAGAGGAAAGUAAUGAACAAACAAUAAACGAUGAUAACCAAAAUAUCACUCUCAAAGAAGAUAACAAUAUUCCAAAGAUACCUGUGCUUCGUCGCUCAGAGUCGGAACGUUUGACAUCAACUUUAAUCAUUGACCCACCAAAAUUCUUAGAUACAAUGGCGUUAAGGCCGAAAAGUAAGCAUGGCCAUACAAGUCAAGUAUUUUUCACAUCUCCUAUGGAACCAGAGACAAAUACUCAAAGCCCUUACGUAUCUGCGCAAACAUUGAAUACUUCAGAGGAACUACCAAUAAAUAAUGACCACAUUGAAUCAGGCAAUUUGAGUGACAGUAGUGAUAUCACAAGAAAAAUUUUGAGUAACCUGAGGCGUGGUAUAUCUGAAUCCCCUGAACCACCGCCUAGGAUAAAAUCAAAAGAACGGACAAAAUCAAAGAAGCACAAUUAUGUCAAGACAAGGUUUGUACGUAACAAUUCUUCAAGUUCAACGAGUGAUGAAUGGUCUGACGCCAAUGACUAUGAACAAAAAACUAUUCUUCGAGUUAAACAGUUCGAUUCUGAUAGUGAUGAUGAACAAAAAAUACAUACAGGAGUUAUGAGACCAGUAGAAAUUGAGCCUAGAAAGACUUCAAUUCAAAUAAAUGGUAAUGAAUGUUACUCGACCAUGAAUGUUAACAGUGACACACCUAUUUAUUUGUCAUCAGUUGUCGUAAAUGAGGAUUAUGGAAAUUCCUGUAAUACAUAUCAAACCGGCACAACUGUGACCAUAAGUGUGGGAUCUCCACAACAACAAGUAAAAAAAUCAAAAAGCCAGAUUUAUAUCGGAGCUGUUCUUUCUCCAAACAACGAAAACAGAGUAGAAGCAAAUACGUAUGAAGAAUACUACAACGAAAGUAAUAGUGUCAACAACUCUUCCUCCGAUGUGUCUUCUUUUCUUAAAGAUCCAGUAGAAGCUGUAAGGCGAAACUUGAUUCCGCACGUGUGUGGCAAAACACAAGAAGGAAAUCAAAAUGUGUCUACUGACAGCGACAACAACAAGAGCAUGGAAAACGGUAGCUUUGUAUCAAAAUUAUUUGAUGACCCUUUCUUUGGACAUUUGGCAGAAGGUUUGGAUUCGGAUUUAGUAAAAAAGUUAAUAGAGAAUUCUUUAAUAAAACUUCAAGAAACUAAAAAUCUAGAAGGCACAGAUAGUAAUGAUAUAACAAUAGAAAAAUUGAUAGAAAGUUCUUUGAUGAGUUUAAAAGAAGAAGCGACUAAGAAUGUAAAUACCCAGGAAGAGGAACCAAAGAAUCAGAAUAGUGCCAAAGACAACGAGUCGAAAAAUAAAGAAGUAAUCGACCCGUCUGUCUGUCAAGAGAACGACGAUAAUGGCUGCUCUGCUCCCUAUGAAAGUAUGGAGUAUGAGAGCGGUGCUAUGGGUGUAUUUUCAGAUCUCGAACCGAUGUCUGACUGCUAUAAUGCCUCGGCGAGUGAGCUAUCUACAGAAGACGAUACAAAUUCGACAAGAUCGAAAUUUUACCAAAUGCUGGUAGACGCCGCGCUGUGUGAAAUAGAGAUUGCCAACAACACUGAUGACGACCAUCAUUACGAGUCAAUUCGGCUUAACACCGAUCCUAUUUAUGAAGAAAUAGGAGAUAUGCCACCGCCAUUACCUGUUAAUCCACCUCCCAACUCACUUUCAAUUCUUGAUGACGAGAAACGUAGCGGCUCCCGAUCAAUAUUUGAAGGUGCAUCAAAAUAUGAUAUUCUAUCUUACUUAGUGGAUGCUAAAGAAAGAGGCAUAGAUGAUGAAGAAACGUAUAUUACUAACUACGAAAACAAUGAUUCAUCGACUCUAUUAAAUGAAUCGAAAGAAAAAAGUAUAAAUAGUGAAAUUAUUGAAACACGUCUUAGUAGCAACACAAGUCAGUUAUCCAAUGCUUCUGAUUCAAGCGAAGAUAAUUCGUUAAUUAUUAAUCAUGAGACUUUAGAGAAAACAGCGGUAUGUAAGAAGACUUCUGCCGAAAUUGAAAGAAAUGAUUCUGGAGUUGGUUCAGAGACCAGUAAAUCUUCUAGAAGUCGUCUUCAAGGUAAAACCUCACCCUGUAACAGCUUAACUGAUAAGGACACUCCUAUUCAUCUUUGUGAAGAUUGUGACACUGCUGUGGAAACUCAAAUAACAGAACAAGGUACAAUCUAUGCGCCUUUAGUAUGUCGAAAAUGUGCCAAGAAACGAGCAGAAAGAAAAGAGAUUAUUACAGAAAUUGUUGAAACAGAAGAAAAAUAUGGACGUGAUUUGCAGAUUAUUCUAGAAGAAUUCUACAAACCUAUGUUGGUAGCAGGUCUGCUAACACAAGAACAACUGAGUGCAAUUUUCUUAAAUGUUGAAGAAUUAAUAGAAAAUAAUCAAGUGUUGUCUGAGAAAUUAAGAGAUGGACUUGAAAUCGCCAUGGAACAAGGAGACGAGGAUCUUUUAACAGUCAACGUCGGUAAGAUCCUGCUGGAGUGUUCGGGAAUGCUGACCGCGUUCCAGUCGUACUGCGUGAAGCAAGCUGGUGCUGCCCUGCUCCUGGCCGGCCUGGAGAAGGAGAAGGAACUCCUGAGGAUAUUCUUACGCGUCUCGCAAAUGGAAAACACCGUUUUGAGGAGAAUGAAUUUAAACUCAUUUCUCAUGGUGCCAGUACAACGCGUGACAAAAUAUCCACUUCUUCUCUCACGUCUGUACCGAGCGACCGCUGGUUGCGCGACUGAGCGUGAAGACGUGCGGGCGGCGCAGCGCUGUGUCGAAUCCCGCCUCGAGGAGAUCAACGCUGCUGCUGCAGCCGCGGCGGCUGCUGCGAGAGAUGUGCCUCUGUGGCGAAGACUAGCUGCAACGAGAAGGACAGCGCAUGAUCUCCAUGUAGCUGAUAUACGGCUGAGGAAGAUGGCGGUUGAUGUUCUGGAUUGGAAUCACGAAGAUGCUAGGUUCGCAAUGGAAGGCAAGUUGUUGUUCACCCAGCCGAACGACAACAACUGGCGGAAGGGCCGCACCAUCAAACUAACGCCGAUCAACGCCCUUUUGGUAACUAACGGAAAGCCAACGACUACCCACAAAACGAACGAGAUCCGCGAAACGCGGGAGGCGAGGGAUCGUGAAGCGAGAGAAAAGGAGGGGGAAACGCUCUUCGCCCGCAGUGGUGUGAGGGAAGCGGCUCUACUCCUGGUGAGGGAGAAGGCAGGAAGGUACACUCUCCAACGGGAGCCGCUGUUCCUGGACCGGUGUGUGGUGGCCGCGGAUCACGAGCCCGAGCACUUCUUCGAAGUCCAUGAGAUUACUACCAAGGACUCUUAUAUUUUCAAGGCGGAAGAAAACGCUCGCACCCGCUCCUGGUAUCGCCAACUCCAGUACCACGCGCAGGGCGCAGGCGCAUGGAGGAAGCGACGCAAUGCCCUCGCCAACAUCAUGAUCAACCCCAUGCUGACCAGGAACUGAAGCGUCACACACAAUAUCGAAGAAGGAAAUAAGAAUUGAAAACCAGCGGCGGAGGGUCCAUAUAACUUGAUUCCUGCCGGCUUCCCUUUUGCAACUUAUGUAAAAUCUAAUUAUCAUUGGAACGUUUUCAAAUCGCAUUUAUUCAUAUUAGAAGUACCUGUACAUUGUGUCGGGUUCUCCAAAAAAUGUGAAAGCCCUUCGCCACUGGUAAACACAAAAAUGACGAAUGAAUUUAUAUAAUGCCAUAUCAACUGAAGCAUAGAACGAAAAUAAAUAAGUACGAAAA